CAUCAGUCUGUUGUCUCACCACUCCCUCCAGACCUUCUCCUUCAGUCAUUCUGGUGUCCACAUUGUCAAACAGAGGGGGAUCCAUCAUGAAGACACCGAUGCUGCUGCUGGGUGGGUUGGGUCUCUGGUUUUGUGUGUUUUCUGCUGCGGACACACAGUUGGAUGUACAGGGGAACGAACCGUUGGCAGCAAAAGAUGGAAUUUUGCUUCUAAAUAAGGGAAAUUUUAACAGCGCGCUUGGAAAACACAAGCAGCUGCUGGUACACUUCUCGACUACUCUGACGGUGGGCAGCCAUCGUGUGUUGACGGCAUUUGAAGGUGCUGCUGCGAAGCUUCAGGGGUCAGAGGUCAAACCAGCCAUUAUUGAUGUGGCAGAAGAGAAAGACUUGGCUAAAAUGUUGAAUGUGACAGCCGACACUUCAAUCAGACUCUACCUUUCUGGAGAUGUAAACAACCCAGUCGUCUGCCCCGUUCCUCAGAGUUCUGCUUCUAUCUUGACCUGGCUAAAAAGGAGGGCAGGGUCAGCUGCUGACCUCAUCAUGGAUAUCAACCAAUUAGAGGCUUUAGAGGAACUAACAGUGGUUGGAUCAUUCAAGGAGCUGAACCACGAAUAUGUCCAGAUGUUCACCGCUGCGGCGACUGACCUUCCUGAUAUCACCUUUGCCGUGGUGCUGGGUGAUGAAGUCAUCAGCAAAUAUGGGCUCGUAUAUGAUACUGUUCUGCUGCUCAAAAAAUCUCAGCUUAUCCAGAGUUACAAAAUGAAGCCCGAAUCAUCCAAAGAGGAGCUGAUCAUCUUUAUCUCAGUCUACCAGAUGGAUCCGGUUACUGAGUACAACGGGGAGACAGCCUCUCAGAUCCUGAGUUCACCUGUGUUAAACCACGCUCUCCUCUUUGUCAACAAAAGCUCUGAAGACUUUAAAACGAUUUUCUCUGCUUUCAGCAGUGCUGCAGAGGCAUUCAGAAUGAGGAUUUUGUUUGUGAUGGUGAACGUGGACGAAUCUCGUAACGGCAGACUGAUGGAGUACUUCCGGGUUCGGGACUUUGAGGCUCCUCUGAUUCGACUGGUGAACCUGACGGAUCACGUGACUUACCACCUGCCAUCAGAAUCCCUGAAUGUUGAUAUCAUCACACAGUUCAGUGAGUCCUACUUACAGGGCAAAGCAAAGCCCAAGAUGCAGAGUGAACCCAUUCCUGAAGGCUGGGACAAGAAGCCUGUAAAGGAGCUAGUGGGAAUUACUUUGGAGAAAGUUGCUUUCAACCCCAACAGGACAGUUUUUGUUUUGUUCUACUUGUCCUACAGCCAGAAGUCUCGUGACUUGUUCCCGCUGUGGGAAGAGUUAGCCGUGGCCUUUAAAGAUCAAGAGGAUGUGGUCAUCGCUCGUAUCGAUGCUUCAGUCAACGACAUCAGCAUGUCGACCCAAGGCUCCUACCCUUCCCUCUGUCUGUUUCCUGCUCUGUAUGCUGAGAGGAUGGUGGUUUACACAGGCAAAAGAAGGUUAAAGGACUUGGUCAAGUUUGUAGAUAAGGAGAUGGAGAAAGCCAAAAAAUACAGAGUUAUGGAGGAGGAAGACAGGAGGGUUUACUUUGAAGCCCUAAAAGCUGAAAAAGCAAAAGACCACAACAAAACCAAAGAUGAGCUUUGAUCGGAGAACUGAUGGCGUGCUUCACACUUUAGUUUUUGAUCACCUAUUUGGGUUUCAUCUUCUCAGUUAAGCUGUUGCUCACGGUUUGAGUGACUUAAUCAAAUAAACUCCAACAACUUCAA